AGCUUGAAGGCAGUCAGUGCCUGAGUUCGGAAGUUCAACAAGAGAUUGUUGUGGGGGUUUAGUGCUGCGAUAUAUCAUGGUGGCAGAAGAAGCAAAAGAUAUGGUGGACCAAGGUAAAGAAUGCCCCAAGUAUUAUCGAUUGGAAGAUGUGCAAAAGCACAAUAACAGUAGAUCUACCUGGAUUAUUAUCCAUCAUAAAAUAUACGAUGUCACAAAAUUCUUAGAAGAGCACCCAGGUGGUGAGGAAGUCCUUAGAGAGCAAGCAGGGGGAGAUGCAACUGAAAGUUUUGAAGAUGUUGGCCAUUCCACAGACGCCAGGACAAUGUCAACCCAGUAUGUCAUAGGAGAACUCCAUCCCGAUGAUCAUGCAAAGCUUCAAAGACCUUCAGAGACCCUCAUCACGACUAUGGAAUCUACUUCUAGUUGGUGGGCCAAUUGGGUAAUUCCUGGAGUUGCAGCUGUCAUAGUGGCAUUUAUGUAUCAUCUAUAUAUGACCAGCGACUAAGUAUUUGAAGGACUAGAAGAGAAGGACUGGUAGAAGAACAUAUAGGGCAUAUACUACAGCAAGCACAUUGUUUUGCAUCUAUGAAAUAAAACUCUAAUUAGGUUACUGAAUCAAUUUACUUUUUUAAUAAAUGUUUUCUAAUCAUUUAUAUUUGUGUGAUACAAUGCUUGCUAAUGUUAUGGUUUUUUUUUUAAUGUCUCUUAAUGAUGGAUAUAUUUCAAUAUUUUUGACUAGAUAUCUUUUGUCUCAGUCCUUUUUGUCAAGUGUGUAGUAGUAGUAGUCGUAUAAAGGAUCCUUUCUGCAUUUUUUUACCCAUGAUCCUGUUGGCCAUUCAGUUAGAAAUUCUGUAAGUUUUCAGGAUGAAGUCAACUGUUCUUACUUUAAGGAGCAUACCAGAGUGGCUGGAGCAUAAAAGUGCAUCAUCCUCUGCCCUGCCCCAUUCCUGUUUACCUAUAAUAUAUGGGAUGCACAUGUUCUCUUUGGCCUUUGCAUGGUGUCAGUAUGCCAGGUUUAAAUGUUAAAAGGCAUGUGAAUCCCAAAAUCUAGUUUGUAGUCACUGAUAAUUAAGAUUGUUUUCUAAUGUCUCAUUUUAAAGUUCUGUAUAUAGUUCAUAAAUAAACAUGGAUCGCUUGAGUGUACCCUUGAUUAUUUGAUCACAAGAAUGGGUUACUGUAGGCGUUGGCUUCUUUGUAUGAAGUCACAGCACAUCAUUGCUUUCACCUUUGCCACUGCUUCAGCCCCUUGACUUGUCAGUAUUGAGAGACGUAGUCUUCAUCACUCAUUCAGUAGUUUUUGGCCGCUGAACUCUAUAUGGAAAAUUUCCUCCAUAUCCUGUAUGCUGUCAGCCAGUUAGUAGUUCUUCCAUUACUGUCUCUGUGAGUGUUAGAAGGCAGAUUAAUUUUUCUGUUGCUUUGCCCAUGGUAAGGAGAAUUUUUGCAUUUAUCAAACAGACCAUGUUUGAAUAGAUAGCCAUCUGUAGUUAUUUUCAGCAGUAAAAGGUUUAUGGGCAUUUGUCGUGCUGUGAGGAAACGUUACACCUGGGUGUGGCUGCUCCAUGUAUUUUUCAGAAAUGUGUCCGUGACAAACAUCUGUGUUGUACUCUUGAGGUCAUCUCUUAUCUUUACCACGGCAAGAAUUGUGUGUCCUGUGAAAGUGUUGCCUUUUUAUGGCAUUCUGUCCUGAAGUACUGUCUGCUUUUCAGGCCACUUUCACCUGCUUUGGAAUUGUUUUGAGACACUACUGGAGAUUCUACCCAGGAGUUUCAACUUUCUACAGAGGACCUGUUACAUUAAAAGGGCUAAGUUGCUCUUUAGCUGGGACUACUACAGUGAGUGCCAUUAUAUUCCUUCCCUGUUCCAUGCUUGAGAUGUUUCCACAUCAUCAUCCUUGGAGUAGGUACUUUUGUAAGGAAAAUUCAAGUUAUAGCGGGGCUUUUUUUGUUGUUUGUUUGUUUUUUUAGAUACACCUCUAUAUUUGAUUGGAUGCCAGAACUGUGGGACCUGGGAGCACACAUAACCCUUAUGCCUGGUGUUUAGGGAUACCUUGUGUAGUCCGAAAUGACUAUGUACACCUAGGAUUAUGUUAAUAGAACUUUCUGAGAAGGCACAGAAUGAUAUAAAACUCUAUUCCGCCCAUUGGAGUGUUUCUUUUUUGAAGUUAAACUAAGUACUUAAGUUUAUGUUACAGUUCACGCAUUUAAAAAAAAAUAAGAAAAGUUGUCAGCAUUGUUAAUUUACCUUUCUUUAUAAACUUUCUGCUGAAUGAAUAAAGUUGGACAAUCUACAGGCUAGUUUGCUAAGAACAUAAUGUAGUAGAUUCCAUCACUGGCUUAUUUACUGUUCAAACAUCUUUCUGUAAUUUAUAGAUGGUGUUUUCCUGAUUAUGAUUUAUUUAGUUUGGCUUACGAGCCAUUAGAGAAAUUAUAUUUACUAGACGUGGUGGAAAUGGUUUAAUGUGAGUGUACAUACUUGAUAGAGUUACAUACUUAAGAAACAUAUCAGUAUUUCAGGUUAUAUAUUUUGACUGAAUCCAUUUUUGACCCAUUCAUUAACUGUGUAACCUGAUAGUAUUUAUUGUAGUGUUCAGGCAUAUCAGAGAUGUUCUUAUCCUUAAUAUGUCCCAGUAUAUGUACAUUUUUCUUUUGUUGCAGAACUUUUCACUCUACAUUUCAUAGCUGCUAUGUUUAGUUAGGAAAGAAAAUUGUUCAUUCUUUUCAAGUUAAAAAUGGGGAACUUGGUAGCAGACAGUGACUCGCCAAAGAAGUCUUAUCAUUCCCUACCUACCGAGUGAGCAUAGAGAUCAUGUUCAGCCAUUUCCUUUUUUUUUUUCCCCCUUCACUUUUUAAUCCGAAUAUUAGGUUUUGUUUAUUUAAAAAUGCAUAUGUUUCCCUUUCUUGCCAAGAGUACACUAUUCCAAGGGACUUGUUCUUCACUACAGUGCAGCUAUUGUUGUACACUCAGGGGUGAUUAUUUUCCAUUCUGCCAUUAGUGGUAAAGGUUAGCUAUUCGGCAGCUGAGUCUGUCCGCUGGUAGAUUGUUAAUUUCUCACAGGAAGAGACCCAACUGUACUAAUAAGCAAGUAGCUGAGUUAAAAGAAAAAACAGUUUCAGUUAUUUAUUUUACAAAAUAAAACUUGAUCCUAAAAAUAAGUGAUCUUCACAUAAGUCAACUGUUUAAACUAAUCCAGCUGAAAUACAUUCAGCCUUUUAGCAAGUUAUUGAAUGGACAGUUGUUGCAAGUUUUCAGAUCUAAAUAAGACUUUAAGCUUUUUAGCUGUAAGACAUGGACAGAAACUUAACAAAAAAGUGAACUGUGAUUCAUUCAUAUCACUAGAAAGUGAAAAACGUGGUAUAGAGUUUAACCUUAAAAUACCACUUCUCCUUCUUCUUCUUCUUCUUUCGGCUUUUCCCGGUUAGGGGUCGCCACAGCGGAUCACCUGUCCGCUCAUGAUGGCAGUGGAGUUUUACGGUGUCGAGUUGCCAGCCCGGCGCCAACCUUCCACAGAAGGCACAACCUUAAAAUAUCACUAUUAGAAAAUAAUGCAAGCAGUGCCUUACUUGAGUAUUUUACAUUCCCACCAGUUUUUAAAUUCAAAACUGAUUUUAAGAUAACUUUGUUGGUAUGCAGUUUACAAAGGCUGAUUUGGGGAAGCCAGAGUAAAAGUACAGAAGUUAUCACUGCCUCACUGUGACUUUAUAGCCACAUAAAUGGCAUCUCGGGGACUAAAGCAGGAAUUGUAAGAACAGUCUUGAAAAGAAAAUAUUCCUCCAUAAAUUUAAAACGUAACUGUCUAAAAUAACAGAUUGCAUUCAGGUAUAAAGAGAAGACAUUAAAAUACUGCUGACUGAAGUUGUUGAGCAGUCUUGAAGAUUUUGUAUCACUUUGUACUGCAUAAAAGUAUGGAAAAAAAUGUAGACUGCAGAGGGAUCUUAACCAGGAAGAGAAAACAGUCUUGAAAAUACUUUUUCCUACAGCUUAAAAAAGAAUGACUUUUAAACAUAUCCUGUGUCCACAGCAAUGCACUUCCGUGUGUAGCUGUGAAAAUGGGAUUCCAUUAAUUAAACACAUUUCAGCAAGUUGAAAGUCAUGUGACUCAAUUAUUUUGCAGUUUGUCCUACCAUAAACUUUAAAAACCACAAUGAUAAAUAAACAAAAAUAUAUCCAUAGGAAAGCAAUCAAUUCAAACUACUUUAAACCAAUUCAAUUGUAAUCAAAAAUAUAAUUUACUAAAAGGAUUGUUUUUAAAAAGUGAUCCUUUAGAUGCAACAAACAUCACAAAUCACUAAACCUUUUUAAAAAUGUACCAAGGUAUGACAGUAAUCAGUGGUGGUGUAUUGGUUCUGUACUCCUUACCCAGUUGUGCUUAUGUGAGAUUGUGUUAUCACUGAAGUGGGAGGGCAGCCUGCCUUUCCUCACAAAUGAACAGCAAAGGAAUACUACGUUCCACUUUGCUGAUAACUUUGCAGGUCAAAAGCAGUAUUUCUUAUGCUUCUGUCACACAAACAGCAAAUGAAUAUUGCUGUUCACCUGCAUAAUUAUUAGAAAAGUGGAAGGAAGUAUUCCUUUGCUGUUAGUUUGAGAGGAAAUUCUUAGGGACGGUAUUGAGGUGUUGGAAGUCUGCCCGUGACCUGAGGCCUCAAAAGCAGAUAAUUCAUUGGAGAGUUUAGAGUAUCAAAGCUUAAUAUGGUGCCCCCUAGAUUGCCUCCGGUUAGGCCAAUCAGCCAAGCAGUUCUUCUGCUUGGCUCAUAACCCAAGCUUCAGUCAAAGAACUGUUCCAGCUGGCUCAAGAUUUCAAGUUUUUUUUUUUUUUUUUUUUUUUUUGACAUCCAUGCAGCCAGCACUGGAAAUCCCAGAGGUGUCAUGGGGGUUCCUUCUCCAAAGAGCAGGAUAGAACUUUUCUUUGUGAUAAACUGCUGACAACUAUGUUUAAUUAGCAUGCAUUUUUGUCAGAAUUUCCAGAAAUGUUAGCUUUAUGCAUUUCCUUCUCCUGUCACUCUUUGAGCAUUUAUAGUUUCAUGCAGAUUGUCAGGUUUCUAACCCAUAUAUCAUUUUGUAAUUGUUUUUCCUACUUUUGUAUAUAAAGUGAAUUAAAUGUCAUAUAGAGAACAUGCAUUUGAAUGUCUGUUCAGUUAUGUUUAACAGCAGUAUAUGUAAGUGUAUACGUACACAGCAAUUAAAAACAAAAACAUUGACCUUUA